AUGAACUGUGGCGGCGAGAUCGCCUACGAGCACGGUCCUGCAAUAAGAAACGAGUCCUCUCUAAUAACCGCUGAUGAUUUACCGUCAGAAAAUGUAUUGGUUUCUGUCGACAAGUUGGUGUCGAAGAUUCUUAUUCCAGAAGAGGGUAGCGUUUAUGGACUUGUGGUACUCGAAGCUGGUGACAGCUCGUAUGUAGAAUGGGAAUUAUCAUCAUCAUCAUCAUUAUCGUCGUCUUUUCCCAUCGUCUUUUCUUAUGAGUCAUAUCCUCCGAUUGUUGAAGAAUCCUUCGUUCGUGGUCUCCCCAUAUAUCACUUCAGUGCAGCAGCUUACCAAGGCACUCCACCUGAGGUGAUUGUUGUUGGUCCUGGCGCAUUUCUAUCGGUAGUGCACAAAAGCCUCAACGCGAGUAACACUCCUUGUUACAAUGCAGCCCUGAUCGUAGCUCCUUUAAAAUGGACUGCGGAUGUAGCGCAGGCAUUUACUCAACAGUUUAGCCGGGUGGUAGUUAGAGAGUGCACGGAUUGCACUCGGCUGCCACUUUCUUCGGAUUUCAUUCGACUAUGUCCUAUCUCACGAUCAGAAGCAGAUAUCAGCGCUCCAGUAAACGUAACAAUUGGCCCAGUUGUUCCCACUUUUUGGGAUGUUUCUUCGGAUUCGCAACUAUUUGAGGCAGCGUUGAACAUCUCAGAGGGUAACAGCGAAAUAGAUCAAGCAAACUGUUCUUUGUUGUCGAACAAUGAAACGUUCUAUCCACUGAAUGUAGAAUUGCCAUUCAAGAGUAUCUUGAGGAUGUCGCUAUCACAGAAAAUGGAUCCAGACGUUUUUUGGUUGAUAUGCUCAUUUAGUAUAACAGGGCGAAUUGGUGUAGUUGGAGCUAAUUAUACUCAAAAAAUAGAAGGAAUAAACUACAUUCCUUUGGUCGAGAUUGAACAAGGUUCCAUUGUCCUUCCGUGUCAAAAAAUUGCAACUAACAUAGAAGUUAAAUUCAAAAAGUCUCUGCCAAAUAUUCUCUCAGAUUGGAAUGAAAACGGUUCUUACUGCUCGAUUGAUAAUGUGUCUUAUCCUUGCAACGUCACCGAUCUGACAAUGAUUUGUGAUCUCGGCAGCUUGACGCUGAGUCGUGAUAUGGAUGCCUAUUUUGUACGAUCCAGAGCGCUUCACAACGUUACUAUGCGUGAACAAGUUCCCAUGAGACUGCAGUUUACAUGCACUCAAACGUCUCCGUUGCCCGUCUCCCCAAUCUUAAGAGCGACUAUGUCCCGAGAUUUGCUUGGUAUUGUCAUCGAAAGCAGCUCCCAGGAUCUCUUUCCUGUUGGACUCGUUCCAUGCUCUGAAGUAAUCUUGGAACAUACUUCCCUUGGAAAGGAUGCGGUGUGUGUCGGCGAUGGGGAAAACAUGGCUGUGAAAUUCGGUGACGCAGCAACUCUUAACAUUUCGGAUACUCUUACAGUUCUUGGAUAUCGGUUUAGGUUGGACAAGCCAGAGAUUGUAAACCGGCCAAAUUUCACUGUUUUUGCGCCUUCUGAGGUGAUGGCAUGCAUGGAAAAUGUUGCUGUGGAGGUGAAACAGAUAACUGGCGAUGGGAGACGCUCUUUAAGAUACCGAUGGCAGGCAGAAAAUGCUUCGGCCGAACUGACAACACUGUUCGCAGAGGCGGUUGGACGGUCCGUUUCUUUUCCCUCCAACCUUCUUGACUCUGAAACAGUUGUUAUUGUUACCGGUUGCAAUUUCGUGAACAUAUGUACAACAAGCGAAGCGAUUCGUCUGCGACCAGUGACUUCGGAUGCGACGUUGUCGCUCACUCUUGCUGGUGUGUCGCACUCUCUUGUUCCCUCGAUGGCGGUUCGCCUUCGUGCACUUCCGGAGCUCACGAGAUGCAAUGCGUCGCUUACUUUUGUACCGAACGAUGCCCAGUACAACUGGUAUCUUGAUGGAGUGUUUGUCACAAACGAUGACAGCUAUCGUAUUCCGGCAUACACUUAUCAGGCUGGCGAUACCGUGGAAGUUCUCAUAGAGGUGAACUACAAGGAUUCCACCACAAACCAACAUCUCAAAGCCAUUGCUCAGGAGAUGUUUAAUUAUGUCGCUGAGAAGUUGGUGGCGACAGUCGAUGCCGUAUCGCGUUCGGUUGCCAGCGACGCUCCAGUUAUUGUGGAUGCGUCAGGGUCGAAUAAUCCAAACGAUCGGGAUGGUUCCGUGACACAUGAAUGGUUGUGUUGGAAUAUGACGUCAAUGGCGAAGUGCAACCUUCCUACCACCAUCGAAACAAAAUCGCCGAUUUUGCGUAUACAUCCCGGACAACUCGAUAAAGGAAUGAGCUUCAAUUUUUCUGACAAGAUAAGCGCCCAGAACUUGAGUAGUAUUGUAUGGUCUGUUGUAACGAUCGGUCCUUUAAAACUACCUCAGAUUAGUUUUUCAUCUUUCAAGAUGGACAAGGUUAGCACGGGAGACUAUGUGAGAAUACAGGCGUACGUUACCGUGCAACGAGGAUGGCUCAAUACAACAUGGGAGAUGUCCGAUUCGAACCAAGCCGCUGUUUCACUGACCAUACCACCGGCGGACCCGCUAUUAUAUCCAAACUGGACUGGCCUUCAACCAGGAAUGAUGUAUAUAGUUAGACUGAAUGCAUAUUCAGUUGAUGGCAACUCAUACGCUGACGUCCAAAUAUUCGUGAACGCCCCUCCAACUCCGGGAUUAGUUGAGGUGGUGCCUGCGAAGGGUGCAUCAGCAUUGAAUACGCAAAUCGAGUUCCGAGUGGGUGACGGUUGGGUGGACGAGGAUCAACCACUUGAAUAUCGUUUUGGUUUGAAAGUUCUUUAUGUGGACAACACCACAGAAAAUUACUGGUUUCCACACGCUGGAGCCAGUUCCUAUCGCAUGUACUUACCAUCAGCGCAGUCAGAUUAUCCUUCAUGUGGGAAACGUGUUGGAUUCCAAGGGUUGCUGGAAGUAUGCGAUCUUUAUUCUUCCUGUUCGAAAGCAGAGUCAGAAACGUUUGAGGUCGCACCGCCUGCCAAUCUUACUGUGGCUGUAGUCGACAUGGUUGCGGCAAUAAAUUCGGAUGUUGGGAAUGGAAACAUCUUUUCGGCACUAAGCAACAUGUAUGCGUUAGACGUUCAAAAAUGUGAAGAGGAUUUGGAUGUCGUCACAGCUGACAAGAUAACCACAAAGCUAUUGAUGACUCUGGAUGAGGACAGUGACUCGAACGACUACAAAGAAGUACUCGCGUCUGCUUCUCGUCUAAUGAACAUUGUAACUCCACCAGUGCUCGAAGCGCUAACUCUUGUUCUAGAGCACUAUCGUAGCCUCUUAGGAUUGACUUCAACGACCACAUCAUCACGUACAAAACGUGCAGCGACAACGACUACAGCCACCAAUGAACAGGAGGCAACUGACAUGUUGAAAAUGUAUGACAUGUUGAUGACCAAAAAUCAACCGAUUGUUGAGGUCUAUCUAUUAAAUAUCCAGGAUUUUUUGGGCACGUUUUGCAUUCAACUAGAUAAAAGUUCGUCGCGUGUUAUGGCAGCACAGGGCAAUGGAUACACAUUGAUUCAAGCUCAAAGUCUUGUUCCUGGAUCAAAGAACUUCUCAACAUCUUCGUACACCAUUGCUGGAGAAUAUGCGAAAGUGAUAACGUUCUCAAACGAGUUCGCUGCCCGCUUCGCAUCGUGGCAUUGUGGACCUUCGUUCGUGGUCUGCCAGAAUAUUUGCCUGGCUACGUCGCAGAUCAAAAAGACAAUCCUUUUCAAAAAUGAUCAACUGAUGGAACAUCUCUUCGGGAAUACGUAUGAGGCAGUGUCUAUUAAUAAAAGCGCCUCACAAAUAUAUCAAGUUCAAUUUCUCGAUCCACUCAGCGGUGCAAGCGUACAUUUACCUCCCAACAUUAUUCAAUAUUCUGUGUACAUACCUCUGACAAACUACCAGCCUUCGAAUUACUACGCAUGCCUACUCUUUAUCGGGAAAGCGUGGGAUGAAAGUAAAUGUCUCGCAAGCAGCUUUGCUAAGAAUUUUGACGGUGCCGAUCACAUUCAAUGCCGGUGCUCGUCACCUGGUAUUCUCAGUGUUUUCAUAACAGCGCCUCCUGUACCAGUUGCCCUCCCAGAUCAUAACGAAAUUAGAAUGACGUUUCACUUGAGUAUCGGCACCGUGCCAACGGCCACACAACAGUCCCUGUUCAUAUCGCGACUUGCAGCCGCCAGUCGUGUGGAUGAUAAACGUCUUGUGAAUCAGUCUGUUGUGGCUGGAUCAGGAAACUCAUCCCAAAUAUGGAUUACACUACGACCCCCGUUUCGUGUUAAUCAAAUGACCAAUAGUUAUGCAGUGCAAGCGAUUCAAAGAGCUGUGCAGAGCGAAAGUGGAUUCAAAGCGUACGAUUCCAUAACAGUUAUCAAAUCCAACUACUCAGUUAUUAAGAGAGAUCUCAAUGGUGAUGGAAAUGCCCGAAAGGUUAUCAUCACUAUCUAUCGAUCGUUCCAAAAUGUCGUUGGGAACGAUACAACCGCCAUAAUCAAUAAAUGGUGUGAAUCAAUAGCGAAUAUGCUUAGAGUAUCUAACUAUAGAUUCAAGAACGCAAGGAUUUAUUUAGGAAUUAUAUUCAAUCUAACAAUAACACUACCGUUUGAAGAAGAAACCACACCGUUAUCUGCAGAGGAGAUAGCUAUAAUGAUGAUGGAAUGUUCCAUGUACCAAGAAUUUGACCUACAAUCGAAUCAAGGCGAAACACUACCAAUGGAGAAAAUAACCAGCAGUGAUAUAAUUGAAUUAAUCGUUGAUAGACAACUAAGUACACUGGUACUAGUCCUAAUUAUAGUAAUAUCGACAGGAUUAGCAUUAUCAUCGUUAUAUAUCGGCGGAGCUGUUGUUGUAAAAGUCAGGACGGAUAGACUUGUAGAAGAGGAACGACGCCGUAUGGUUAGGAUCGAACCUGCACAGCCUCCUCCUCCUCCUCCUGUACCACCUCCACAGUAUACACAAGCAGUUGUUCCAGUGCCAACCUUGAGAGAAAGAUAUCCUGAUCAUCGCUUAAGAAAUGUCACAAAAACACAUCAUGCUUAG